GAUAGAGCUUUAAACAGUAGGACGUCAGGACCAAGGGGAGCAGUUACUUAGCCACCCCCGUCCCGAUACCCGGGUCAUAUUUUAAGAGGUGAUAUAAUCAAAAUUUAGGGCGAUUACAUUUUAGGGUGGAAGUCUCGGUGACGUUUCAUUUAUUCGUUUUCUCUUACCACCUCUCAGUUUUCUGAAAAGUGACGUGCUCCACACGCGCGACAAUGGAGGCGCCAGAAUUUUUCCCACCUUCUGAAAACUUGACGGCGGCUGUCGUGCACCCGUUAUGCGAAGAAUGGAAGGGGGGAUCCGAGGGUGCCAUCUUCCACCUCGCCAGUAUUUUCCUUGUUUUGGGGUUCAUGGGAGGGAGCGGGUUCUAUGGGCUCCUCUACUUGUUUACCUUUCUGACGCUCGGUUUCUUCUGCACAACCAUUUGGUCAUGGUCGGACGCGUGCACCACCGACACCUUUUUGUGGAAUUUCGCUCUCUUUGGGAUAUGUGCGGUUCAAGUUGUGCACGUCGCCUACCGGUUGAGGAACGUUACUUUCGAAAAGGAGUUUCAAGAUCUGUACAGCUACCUGUUCAAAAAGCUGGGGGUGUCGCUCACCCACUUCGGCAAGAUAGUCGCCUGCUGUGAAGGGGACAUCCACACCAUAGAGAAAGACCACUGUUUUGCCAUGGAGGGCAAGACUGCUAUUGAUAAGCUGUCCGUUCUUCUGUCCGGCAGAAUUCGUGUGACAGUAAAUGGAGAGUUUUUACAUGACAUAUAUCCUUUCCAGUUUCUCGAUUCACCUGAAUGGGACUCUCUCCGGCCGUCAGAGGAGGGAGUUUUCCAGGUGACCCUGCGUGCAGAUAAUUGCUGUAGGUACGUUUCUUGGAGACGUAAGAAACUGUACCUACUCUUCGCCAAGCACCGCUAUAUCGCCAAGGUCUUUGCGCUCGUGGUGCGGAAUGACAUCGCGGACAAGCUGUACUCCCUCAACGACAAGGCGUUCGACAGCCGCGGGUUCCGAUAUGAUCUCCGGUUACCCACCUACUGUCACGUGUCCCCGUUGCCAGAAUUAGACCGAACAGAUGGGUUCCUACGAGUCCCAGCGCAAUAUGACCAUGGCCACCGUGGCCGUGUCCCUAUAACUAUAACGGCACCCGAAGAGACUGACUAGUGACUGGAACGGAACUUUUAAAUGUUUGUUUUUCAUUAAUGGAUGUUGUUUUUGUCUGUUUGUUAUCCUCAAGUCCUUAGGCUAUGGAUAUGGCAUAAGCUAUGUAGUUUACGCAUCAACAUAGAAUACAUUGUAGCACAUCAAGUAACCCUCCACUUGGUUUUGCCAGACAUCAUGCAAUAGGCGCGCGCGGGUGCGUGUGUGGGGGGGAUUUUCUCUGCAUCAAAAUACCAGUGAAAUGUUACCCCCUGAUUCCUGCUUAUGUUUUAUAGUGCACUUUACUACCUGUCUGUCUUAAAUUGAGACUGUAUAUUCAA